CUUGUUGAGGCCGCUAUUCUUAAUGCAGACGCACCUGAUCGGAUGACUGCAGGUAGAGUAUUUUUCUCUCUUCUUCCAACAUUACUCUAUCUUCUAGUGUUUAUGUUUUUAGCUAGGGGCGCAGCGAAGGGACAAUUGGGACUGUAUGGUGGAAAAGGAGGAAUUUUUGGAAUUGGUAAAUCUAUCAGUAAGACCAAUAAGUCAAAGGUAACUUUUAAGGAUGUUGCGGGAAUUAAAGAGGAGAAGGAAGAAUUAGAAGAAAUAGUUGAUUUUUUGAAGAGACCGAAAAAGUAUGCUUCUAUGGGUGCUCGAAUACCUAAGGGUGUAAUUUUGUAUGGGCCUCCCGGAACUGGAAAAACCCUCUUGGCUAAAGCAGUAUCGGGAGAAUCUAAUGUUCCAUUUUUGGAAGCUUCUGGAGCAAGUUUCGAUGAUAUGUUUGUAGGGGUUGGAGCGAAAAGGGUUCGAGAAUUAUUUGAUAAGGCUAAAAAAUUAUCUCCUUGCAUUAUCUUUAUUGACGAGAUUGAUGCUCUCGCAGGUAAACGAGGGGGAAAAUUCAACAUUCAGGGAAAUGAACAAACAAUAAAUCAAUUAUUGAGUGAAAUGGAUGGUUUCAACACACAAGCAGGAAUAAUAAUUAUUGGAGCGACCAAUCGUUUGGAAAGUAUUGAUGAGGCAGUUCUGAGACCUGGUAGAUUUGAUAGACAUAUUCAGAUAAAUCUUCCCGAUAUUUCUGAGAGAAGAGAAAUUCUUAAACUACAUGCCAAAAAUAAAAAUCUCUCAAAUAAGAUAGAUCUUGAGGAAGUAGCGAGAAAAACUCCAGGAUUCUCAGGAGCACAAUUAGAGAAUGUUCUAAACGAAGCAGCAUUGUUAGCUGUUCGAGGGAAUAAAAAAUUCAUUUCCACUUCCGAAAUAGACGAAUCUAUUGAUAGAGUUAUGGCAGGACCUGCUAAAAAAGGAAGAAAGAUUCUUUUGGCAGAAAAAAAACAAAUUGCAUAUCAUGAAGCAGGACAUGCGAUUGCAGGACUUUAUACCGAUGAUGGAGAGAUUGUUGAGAAGAUCACAAUUAUUCCAAGAGGUAAAGCAGCUGGAUAUGUUCUUUCAGUUCCAAAAGUUCAGGAAAGAUCUAUUAGCACUAAAUCACAAUUGCUCUCUACAAUUCUGACCAUGUUGGCUGGUAGAGCCGCUGAAGAAUUAUUCUUCGGAUUGGAGAAUAUAAGCACUGGAGCGUCUAAUGAUUUGUAUAAAGCUACUCAAAUUGCAAGAAAUAUAGUACUAAAGUUUGGAAUGUCCAGAGAAGCAGGAAUGACACAAUUUAUUCCUUCUGAAGAACCCGAAAACCCCUACAAGAAUAACUACUCAGAAACUUAUGCACGAAUAAUUGAUGAUGAAUUGUUUCCUGAUUUGCCUAUAUACACGAAUUCUUUUGGUUCUGAAAUAAUUAAUUCCUUUCUUGAAAGAUUUGAAAGUGUUAAAGGAAAAAAAUUUGAUCCAAAGAUAGUAACUCUGGAUUUAGUUAGCGAACACUUUAUUACUACUGAUAUCAAG